AUUUUGCAACUUCAAAAUUACUUCGAAGUAGUUGACUUUACAAAUAGUGAAUACAUUUUGCUUUAUUAUACGCGGUUUACUGAAUUUCAGAUUAGAAAUUAUACAUCGUAACACGUUAUCAUUACAAGCGUCAACCUCAUAGCACCUAUAGCUCAAAUAUAACCAGGGGGAGAUAAUUUUCACUUUCGGAUAUAUGUGUCUAUAUACAUAUAAUCUUGUUGCGUGUCGUCAACACUAACGCGACAAGGGCAUGGUGGUCCGAAGAUUGUUUUUCAACUCACGUCAGACUCUGUUAGGCAUAGACAAAGUCUUUAUUCCGGAAAUAUUGACAGCUGCGACACCGUCAAUGUACCGUUUAAAUUUGACAAACGUGAUUAAUUAAUAUGCGUUGAAAGGUUAACUCAUUAAAAAUUAGUGGUGCAGUCCCUAUAAAUCAAAGUUUCACAUAGGGACGUCACGUGGCAUUUUGAUUCCUGCAUUCCACAUUCGACUAAUCAACUGUCCAAUAACCAUGAUUGUCAAUACGCAUAUCCUCGGCAAUGAAAUGGCAGUCUAAUAACAGGAUGUCGUUUAGGGAACAAUUAUACAUUUUAUAGUUGAAACACACAAUGGGGAAGCUGUUGAGCCUGUUGGCUCGUGAUGAAUCGACCUGUUGCACACCGCAAAAAUAUGAUGUCUUCCUCGAUUUUGAGAAUGCUCAGCCAUCUGAUAAUGAAAGGGAAACAUUUGAGGACGUGCAGCGGGUGUUAAAAAAUUCUGAGUCUAUUUUGGAAGAAAUUCAAUUCUAUAAGGGAGCUGGGAAGGAAAUCAGGGAGGCAAUAUCAGCGCCAACAGACGAGUGUCAGAGGAAAGCCUACCUGGCUGUGGCUCCGCUUGUUGCCAAAUUAAAGCGAUUUUAUGAAUUCUCGCUAGAAUUAGAGGGUAUCGUACCGAAAAUAUUGGGUCAGCUCUGUUCAGGAAAUCUUUCACCCACGCAACACUUGGAGACACAGCAAGCAUUGGUGAAACAAUUAGCAGAAAUCUUGGAGUUCGUCUUCAAAUUUGACGAGCAUAAAAUGAAGACACCCGCCAUACAAAAUGACUUUAGUUAUUACCGAAGAACUCUGACUAGAACCACUUUUCCCAAGGAGGAUGAUAAUGAACGAGACAUUUGUGUUGGUAAUGAAUUGGCAUACAGGAUGUCUCUGUUUUAUGCCAAUGCAACACCUAUGCUUCGGGUACUCAGUGAAGCAACACUCGAAUUCCUAAAAGAUAAUGAGGAUACACCAAGAGAAAAUAUUACAGAAACUCUGGGCACAAUGGCUAAAGUCUGUUUGAGAAUGCUAGAAAAUCCAAAUCUGUUGGCACAGUUUCAAAGAGAAGAAACACAGCUGUUUGUCUUGAGGGUAAUGGUAGGACUUGUAAUACUCUACGACCAUGUUCAUCCUCAGGGUGCGUUUAUCAAGGGGUCAAAUGUUGAUGUAAAAGGUUGCAUCAAACUUCUCAAGGAUCAGCCGCCAUGCAAGAGUGAAGGACUUCUUAAUGCUCUACGUUACACAACCAAACAUCUAAAUGAAGAAAAUACUCCGAAAAAUAUACGUAACUUAUUAGCCUCAUGAUUUCCAAAGCAUCGCGGCUGCUGCAUCAGAAGCUGAACCGUUCCAAUGGAGAUCUAAAGAAAACGAUACCAAAGUACCAGGCGAAUAAAACUGCAUUUCAAAUGGCGAUUUUAACAAUACCUGUAUUAUUGUGGUGAUAGCAAUAAUGCCAACUGCCAGUAACGUAACGAAUUCUACACUAUUUAUAUUAUACAAAUGAGACUAUCAGAGAAGGAAUUGGUUGAUUAAUGGUAAAUGAUGAUUGUAAUUGUGAAUAGGUUUCGCAGAUAUAAAUCCAGAUCAUGAAAAUUAUUAGAGCAUAUCGUAUCAAAGGCUAGACACAUCUGAUAUUUUGAUUAACUUGUGAUAGAAGAUUAAAGUUUAAAUGUGUUGAAAAAUUUACAAAAUUUUAGCGUUAGUUUCGUGCAAAGGAAAAAAAAGUUUUCUCGACAAAUUUGCAGGCAUGUAAGAUGAUAUAUUAUUCAAAUCAAAGAUAAUAUUUUUCUUUUUUUUUAAGUCAUUGGAAUUCCAAUCAGUGUAUCAAAACAGUCAUAAUACGUAGUAUACAUACAUAAAUAACAUAUUCGUAGGUAGAUAAUUAAGUUAUUGAGACAAGCCAAAGAUAUCGUAACAGUUCAUACAAAUAGAUGGAUAUACCACUAAAAAUGUUUUGAAUAUUUUGUGAAAGCAUUCAAGUGGUCUUAUAGUACUAAUCCUUUUCAUACACUAUACUUGUAAUGUUUCACAUCACCAAUUAUACCGCAAAUCAUCGUCGUAUAUCGUCAGACCCGCGCAAAAGCAACUGUAAUAUUUUGUUCUGAUAUUACCAAUCGCUUCCACUUCGCAUUAAAUUUGACAUAGAGAAUACUAAAGCCGACCAUUGUUAGCUACGAUGAUUGCACGGCUAUUUUGCAUUUCAAGGAGAAAUGGAUACUUAUUAUACCGUCUACUUUCGUAGAGUUUACCUUAAUUAUAUAUAUAUUUUUUUUUAAACAUAAUAUUACGAGCACCGCCAAAAAAAUUGUAAAUAACGACCAGAAAUAAAUAAAUAUUUGGAAUAUUCG